AUGGCCAAUCUCGAGAUAAAUGAUGAGAUCUUUGCAAAUAUCAAAAACAGCGUCAUUUUGAUUACUGGCGGUUCCUCCGGCAUUGGAAGAUCUACUGCUCAGCUGUGUCUUAAUCUUGGCGCAACUGUUGUUGUUGGUGAUCUGAAUGCCCCUGAUCCCGAACUUGAAAAUGCGGAAAAGUUCAAAUUCUUGAAUGUGAAUGUGACGGAUUGGGAAAACCUUCGAUCCAUGUUUGAUGAAGCAAACAAGUUGUUUGGUCGCAUUGAUCAUGUUUUUGCCAACGCAGGCGUGGGCCCAACGACCGACUUUUUGGACGUGACUCUUGAUGAGAGCGGGCAGCUCGAGCCCCCAAACCUCAGGACGAUUGAUAUCAAUCUUCUAGGGCCAAUUUAUACCGCUAGAUUGGCGUCGGCUUAUAUGAGCGAACUCGCAAGCCAGCGCCCCGAGGGGGCUGGUGGCAGCAUUGUUCUUGCAGCCUCUGCUUCGUCGUUCCAGAAUUUCUCUGCUGGUGAUUAUACCAUUGCUAAGCACGGGGUUCUAGGCAUGAUACGUGGAGAAAGGUUUGCGCUUGAAUGCGAUUGCACCCUCCUGGACAGCCACCGGGAUAGUUCCGGGGAUAUACUCAAGUCAUUGAAUGCUGGUGUACAAAGCCCGGAGGUGGUUGCUCAGAGUGUUGUAUUGCUUUUCGCAGACCCUGACCGACACGGUGAGGUUAUCUACAGCUGGGAGGGCCAUUAUAGAGAGGUUAAUAAAACCGAUGGAGGACUUCUAGCUAGUGCCAAGGCCAUACUGGAGAAUGGGGACAAUGAAGAGCGGGUAAUGAUCAAGCUCAGAGAAGCACAGCUCUACCACAAAUGA